GGCAGGGGCAGGGGCAGGGGUAGGGGUAGGGGUAGGAACCACCAAGCCCAACGCCAUCAUCAUCCCCGUCCUCGCCAAGGAUUUCACAAGGCGGCGGCGCACCGGCACAUCAAUUUCCCCUCUCCACGCGCUGCCUCUUUCCAAGGAGGAGGAGGAGGAGGACAAUGCUCUCUUGUUCAGCAGCAGCAGCGGCACUGUCGGCAUCGACCUCAUUCUUCUAGCCCUGCCUGCAGUCUUAGGCCAGGCCAUCGACCCCAUGGCGCAACUCAUGGAGACCGCCUACAUCGGCAAAUUAGGUGCUCUGGAGCUAGCAUCGGCUGGCAUUGGUGUCGCUAUUUUUAACAUCCUGUCCAAGAUUUUCAACAUCCCCUUGUUGAGCAUAGCAACCUCAUUUGUGGCAGAGGACAUUUCCAAGAACGCUACCAAGCAUUCUACUUCAGGCAAACUGGAGCUGCCAUCUGUGUCAUCGGCUUUGGUUCUAGCUGCUGCCAUUGGUACAAUUGAAGCAUUGGCAUUGUUCCUAGGAUCGGGACUGUUUCUUAAACUAAUGGGCGUGUCACCUGCCUCUCCGAUGUAUGCUUCUGCGCGGCUCUUUCUUUCGCUGAGAGCCUUAGGAGCACCUGCAAAUGUGAUUAUGUUAGCAGUGCAGGGUAUCUUUCGUGGAUUCAAGGAUACAAAGACUCCCGUACUUUUUAUAGGUUUGGGCAAUCUUUCAGCCGUGGCCCUUCUUCCGCUACUUAUAUAUGGUUUUAAGCUUGGUAUAACAGGAGCCGCAAUUUCGACAGUCGCAUCCCAGUACAUUAUUGCCAUUUUGCUUAUGUGGUCUCUAAGUAAAAGAGCUGUUCUGCUUCCUCCAAAGAUGGACCAGUUAGAGUUCGGUGGAUAUUUAAAAUCUGGUGGCAUGCUAUUGGGACGAACCCUCUCAAUUCUGUUAACUAUGACCAUCGGUACAUCGAUGGCUGCUCGACAAGGCCCGACGGCUAUGGCUGCUCAUCAGAUUUGUUUGCAAGUAUGGCUUGCUGUAUCUCUGCUUGCAGACGCCUUAGCAGUUUCUGCCCAGGCUCUGAUUGCAAGCUCUUAUGCAAUAUUGGACUACAAAAGGGUCCAGAAGGUUGCGAUGUAUUCUCUGCAGAUAGGACUAGCUAGCGGGUUAGCUUUGGCAGUUGGCCUGUAUAUCUCAUUUGGCAGUAUAGCAAAGCUAUUUACCAAUGACCCUCAGGUCCUAGCGGUUGUGAGCUCCUGUGCAUUGUUUGUCUGUGCCAGUCAACCAGUUAAUGCCUUGGCAUUCAUCUUUGAUGGCCUCCAUUAUGGCGUCUCAGAUUUUGACUAUGUCGCUCAAGCUACGAUUGUGGUUGGGGUGAUAUCAUCGUUGGUCUUGUUAUAUGCUCCACGUGUCUUUGGCCUGGCCGGAGUCUGGGCUGGUUUGACAACACUCAUGGGAUUGCGCAUGGCUGCAGGCAUCCUGAGGUUGCUAUGGAAAUCAGGACCUUGGUCCUUUUUGCACGAGGAACCAGAAACCAAGUACUGGCUUAUAGGAAUGGGGUUUUUCUUCUUCACAUCACAUUAUUGUUAUGAUCCGUGGGGCCGGGCCGGGUGUGUUUGAAUCGAAUAUUGCAGUCGCAGGCGCAGCCACUUGCAUCAUAAGAAUUCAUGUCGAGCCAGCGCAGGGAGAGCUGCAUGGGCAGAUGCAGUUGAGGAAUGAAGAAGCACAAGCUAAACCAACAAGCUGCUAAGCUAAGAGGAUUGUCAUUAGUUUUGUCACUUUUGUGCGUGUGUGUAUGUAAAUAAGAGGAGGAGGAGGAUUAUUUCAUUUGAUGUUGCCAGCAUGCAUGCAGUUUAUUCAUUUAUUUGUUUGUUCUAAUUAUGAGCAUGCAUUUCUAAUGAUAUGGAAAGUAUGGAAGAAAUGUGAGUUGUAGUA